AUGUCUGCACGGUGCACAGACUCUGACGAAUGCUGGCAAUCGCUUGCCUGCACUUCGCUCACACAAGCAUUUCCAAUGCUCUUCGUCCCACUAGACGCAAUAUCCUUUGUCGUCCACGAGAAACGAUCAACAUCCGAUUCGGGAUGGACCCGGUCUCGUCGCGUCGAGCCAAGCGUCCUCCUCGCUGUCCGCAUCGGUCUCGUUCAGAGCAACCUCCAUUUAGGAGAAGAGCUGGUUCAGCAGAUCGCGGAUCCUUCUUCUCCACGGUUUGGAAAGCACCUGGCUAAGAGGGAGGUCGAUGAGCUCUUCGCUCCGGCUCCAGACACCAUUACAAGUGUGAAAACAUGGCUUAUGAAGAGCGGCAUUCACGAUGCGCGAAUUGGGCUGACGCAAUCGAACGGAUGGAUCGCUUUCGAUGCACGAGCCGACGAAAUCGAGGAUUUACUGGACACUGAGUAUUUCUGGUACGAGCACAUUCCGAGUGGGGACCUUACAGUCGGUUGUGAGAAUUACAGCAUUCCGGAGGGCCUUCAGACACACAUCGAUUACAUCAAGCCUGGUAUAAAUCUACACGCCCCGGAAAAACCAAACGAUACCACUACCUGUGACAAGGCGAUAACUCCAGCCUGCAUUCGAGCACUGUACAAGAUUCCCAUCAACCGUUUAAAGGACCCCAGCAACGCCUUGGGAAUCUUCGAGAAUGGCGACUUUUAUGCACAGGAGGACUUGGACCGGUUUUUCGCUGAGUUUGAGCCUCGAGUGGUAAAUGGAACGCAUCCCGAGUUAGCAUCGAUAGACGGUGGCAAGGCCCCAAAGCCACCUGCUCAAGCUGAUGGCGAAUCUGACCUAGACUUUGAGCUUGCCCUUCCACUGAUCUAUCCACAAAAGGUCGUCUUGUAUCAAACGAAUGACGACCAAUAUACCGUCAGUGGCGCCGGUGGCUUAUUCAACACAUUCCUCGACGCCAUCGAUGGCUCAUAUUGCGGCUACUCUGCAUUUGGACAGACAGGCGACGACCCAAACUUCGACGAUGAAUACCCAGACAAGACAAACCCGGGAGGCUUUCAAGGUCAACGACAAUGCGGAGUUUUCAAGCCAACGAAUGUAAUUUCCAUCUCGUAUAGCAAGCAAGAGGCCGACUUGCCGUAUUACUAUCAACAGAGACAGUGCAAUGAAUUUAUGAAGCUCGCGCUUCAAGGGCACACGAUCCUAGUCGCAUCGGGAGACUAUGGCGUCUCAGGUCGCAGCUAUGAUCCAGAACCGAAUGGCUGUCUGGGUCACUCACAUACCGUCUUCAACCCAGGGUUCCCCAGUUGUCCGUAUGUCACCACAGUUGGAGCAACGCAGGUCGCUCCCGGGAAGACAUACCAUGACCCAGAGGUCGCUGCGUACGAUCCUAGUCACGAUGGUACAUCCUCAGCCUUCAGUAGCGGCGGUGGGUUCAGCAACAUAUUCAGUAUACCCGACUACCAGCGCAGUGCGUUGCAACGCUACUUUGCCGAUCACGACCCUGGCUAUAGCCAUUACUCGGCCUUGCACGAUGCCACACACAAUACUACGACAGUGAUUGGAGCCAACGGAGGGCUUUACAAUCGAUUCGGCAGAGGCAUGCCAGACGCCUCUACUCCCAUCGUUGCCUCGAUCAUCAACAACAUCAACGAACAGCGCCUCGCGACAAACAAAGCACCCAUUGGAUUCUUAAACCACAUCAUCUACGCCAAUCCUGGAGUCUUCAAUGAUAUCACUGCGGGCUCGAACCCAGGCUGUGGUGUCGACGGGUUCCAUGCGGUCUCUGGGUGGGAUCCAGUCACGGGCCUUGGGACACCAGAUUACCCCAAGCUCUCGAACCUACUGCUGAACCUGCCAUGA